CCAAAGAUUCUUCUUCCGUUUUCCUCCUCCUGCUUGCUUCUAUAUUUGAUAUCAGUCUCUUUUUCCUCUUCUUGCAAGGAAGAGAUGAAUAGGGUUUUAUUAUGCUUUGGGUGAAGAGCUACACUUGAUUCUUCGAAAGUUUAGCGCUGAAGAGGAAGAUAGCACUAGUGGUGGUGGUCAUCGUCACUAUAGUGGUGAUUAUACAAAAAUUUUGCGGUAUAUGAAAUGUGAAAAUAACAUUAGCAAGAAGACGAAAGAAAAGAGAAAGGUGACUGUGAUAGUGAUGAAACUGAAAUCAUUCUAUUGAAGCUUUGUUAAAAGGAAUGUGAUGCAGCAUUAUAACUAGUAGACCGGAGAGAAAGGAAUAAAGUAGAACAAAUCGAAUAAUAACAAUGCAUACCAGAAAUGUUAUUUUUCGUAUGACUUUAUACUGCUUCUUUAUAAUGGUAGCGUAUCUCUUGACGACACAACAACGGUCCCCGCCUCCCAUCAUCCAGCCUCUAACACCCACUCCAGCUUCACCCUCCUUGCCACGCUUGCCUCGAGAACCACCCGCCACCUCUGCUACCCCAGCCUCGCUCCCCUUCCGGCUAGCUUCCUUUCCCACCCUCAUUACUGCCACGCCAGACCAGCAGUGCCGUGGUAUGUUCACUACUGAAAAAGGAGACCAAGACACUGCCAUGAUUUCGGAUGAUUAUUAUUGGGAGCUAAGUCGCGAGCUGUCCCCACUAUUAAUGCAAGAGGGCCUUGACACAUCAUCCAAUAAGCGGGACGUUCGCACCUUCUCCGGGACUAGACUGAAGCUCAUGAACGGGUCCUUGCCUUACCUUCCCUGCACGGUUCGCGAGUACCCGGCAGAAGAGGUCGGUCGGUGUCUGGCGGCUAAGAGAGGGACCAGUGGCACUAACACUUGGAUCGCCUUCUUUGGGGACUCGAACAUGAGACAGAAAAUGGAAGCUCUGACUGAGUGGUUCUUGCCACCCGGUCUAACAUACACUUACUACCUCAACGACACUCAGGUUACCCGCGACGCCUUCAUGACGCUGUUUCUAAACCCAAGCCAGCUGCGUCCAGACUCAUUUGACAUCCUGGGCUGCCGAAGUAGUAACGAAGGAAAUUUAAACAACAGUGGAGGAGCCUACAGAAGGAAUACACUCGUAAGUUCAGGAAACAGCCAAGGCGGCGUAACAAGCAAGGAAACUCAGGCGGAACGGAGCGAGUCCUCUCAGAUUGCUUCAAAAGAUUCUGUUCUCAAACCCACAAAAGACUACGAGAUACGAGUUACGUUGUUGUGGGUUGGGGAAAAAAUUAAUGACCAAGACAAGGUUCCCGCUGUGACCCGCUUAGAAGAGUGGGCGGAGGCGAAGAUGGUGCCUGAUGUCCUCGUUAUUGGGAUUGGGAAAUGGCUUAUGAAUAAUUUCGAACAAGAAUUAUCACCCUACACGUACCUGGCCACUUUCGUCCACUACCUGUCGCCGCCCCUGCUCCGCCUGGCACGCCGCACCCGUAUCCUCCAUUGGGCACAAAGCAGACUGCGUCACUAUAACUUUGACUUCUCAGUACCAGAGGCCAAGGUGACGAAGACUAACUGGCGCAUCAUCCUGCUCAAUGCACCCUAUAGUUACAGCCUGCCACUGAUGGAUGGUUGCCUCAAGCAUAUCCUGAGACCUACAGGUGUGUGGUACUGGGACUCCACACUCCCCUUCAACCUGGCUAAUCUCAAGGAAUGCGAGACCUUGAUGAAAGCUAACUUCUCACAUACCCGCCUCUACACAGACCACUGGUGGAGAUGUUCAGAUCCCCAUCAUGCCUCUUAUGAGACUAAUGUGAAUGAGAUGACUAUGCUGUGGAAUCUACUCUGCAACUCUUACAUGGGUGAGAGUCCAAUUUAUUGCUGUGCCAGGGAAGAAGUGUCCAGACCAUAACCACCUGUAUUACACUCUCCUCCCUGACAACAGCAGCAGAUGAACACUUCAUGAAUAAUUAAGAAAUUUGAUUUAGUAUAAUGGGCCUUCUAUAAUAGAGAUGGAAAGGUGGACUUGAAGACAAACUGCAAACAAUGGGAGCAGAUGAAAUGUACAGGAAUAACUGGAGAAAACUUGUACAUAACACUAACUGAUGACACUAGGAAUACAGAAUAAAAAAAAAAAAAGUAGCUUCCUGCCCUAUAUAAUGGAUGAUGAAGUAACUAUGUACAGGGUGAGAUCUGGAAAAUUACUACAACAAAUGAGAACUUGUAUAAAAUGACUUAUAAUCAGCUUGUAUUAUCUCAUUCCUCACUUUACUUUUUUUGUCCCACAAGGUUCAAAUCAGUUAUUCACAUCCUUUUUAUAUUAUUAUCCAGCAUACUUUCCAUGUGCCCAAAAUGCACUCUGCCUCUUUUAAACAUACCACCAACUAACUCAUUUGAAUCUGUUCCUACGGAUCAGUUCUUCAUUUGCACUACCAAUGCCACCAGACUUAUAAUGCACAGGUGCACCAUACAUUCACUUAGUCUUUCUCAUCUUUGUGUUUUUGCCUACUUACAUAUUCCUUUUUACUUUCCAGGCUUUAAAACCAUGAAGCACUGGUUCUUACACAAGCUGCACACAUCUAUCUAAACAAAAUAAUUCCCAAAGCUAUGAUUACUCCAGAAGUAUCUCCAUUUACUCCUGUCCUUGCAUCCUCUAAAUUCUCUCAUUCUCCUCUAACGUACUCAAGCACUUUGUCCUACCAUUUACUUGGAGGCCAUACUUUUGCACCUAACAUACUCAUAAAGGCAUACUCUCCUGGUUAUCUCACUUUCUCCACACAAGUACCCUUCACUUCAAACAGGAACAUUAACAUCAGUAAAAGCAAUAGGUCCCUUAACUUGUUCCAACCACUUCUAGCUCUUGCAACUAUGCCUACUUCAUAGAGGGUUUAGAGAAUAACACUUUACUCACUCCCUUGGUUUAAUUUCUUCUAGACAAUACAAAAACACUUAGGUCAGAUCAUCAGAAGAGCUACAUAUUCCACAAUUAAUGGACUUUGAAUUAUUUUCCCUCACAAAUACUCACUCCUGGAAGAAAAGAGCACUACAUCCAAUAACAUUUACAUGAUAUAGAUUUAGAUCUCAUGAUUUUGCUUCAUUUCCUCAUUAUGCAAAUAACUGUUUAAGAUGUCAAAAUUAUAGUCAUAUUUAGCACAGUACAAUAUGUAAUACAUAUUUAUGUAUAUGCUAGUUCAAAUUGUACCCUCUCAUACUUGAGAUAUUUUGCUCAAUAUAAAAUUAUUUUUAAAAUGUCUCGUGUAAAUGAAAAGAAUGGAUGGAACUUAAAAUAUAACCAUUUUUGCAUUGAUCUUCACCAUCUAAAAUUCAUACAGUAUUGUAUUACUCAAUAAAGAAGGCAAGAGUGAGUGAGUGCAUUCUCUAACAAAUAAAAUAUUACUUACAUUCAACUUUGACACAUGAAACCUGAAUCAUUCAAGCAUUAUGAAUGCUUUCAAAACUGACUGUGGGACAGGUUAUUAAGAUGUAUGUACAGGUCAGAAAACAACACUGCAAUAACAGUACAAAUAAUCAAAAUGAACAGUUAAAAGCAUAACAACCUAAGUGAUUGAUACUAGGGUGCAAAGAAUGUUUUGAAGACAGUCCCAGGACACCAUAACAAGGUGGUGAAGCUGGUCUCCUUGUGUCACUUAAGGACCAAGGGACACAAACAGUCCUUGUGUCACUUCAAAACCAAGGGACACAGACAAUCCUAGUGUCACCUUGGGACCAAGGGACUUACAGUCCUUGCAUCACCUCAGGACCAAGGGCCACAGACAGUUCUUGUCACCUUGGGACACAGACAGUCAGUUUUGAAUAAUCACAAUAAACAAGCAGUAGCUUGAUUUACCUUAUAUGUAAGUAAUAAUUGCACUGAGUUGUGUGUGUUGUACUUGUUCAUCCUUCACCGAGAUAAAUAACUUCCCCCUCACAUGUCGGCAACAUCCAUUGUGGAGGAGAGCUUUGACACUCUACUAAAAGAUAGGGCUGGGCAGGAUCCUAUUACUGGACUCAAAUCCCAUGGAUCCACCAAGGCUAGUUGGAUCCGAGUACCAAGCUUGAGUAAUCAGAUCCACCAAGACAAUUACUCAAGAGUCUCAGGAGUACAACUUAGAACAAAACUUUGUUUUGGAAACCAUUUACAUCAAACACUGUGACCAUAAAAUGUUCAAAAGUAAUUGAAAAGCUAAAUUAUAAACAAAGAAAUAUAAAAAAAAUAUAUAUUUGCUUAUGAUGUUAUGCAAAAUUUCAACGUUGCUAAACUUCUCUUCCUUUCUUCAAAAUCUGAUUGGAUGCUAUUUUGUGGCAUCAGGAAAAAGGUCCAUAGAACUGGCCACACAGGAUCUUGGGCCUUGAUGCCUCAGUUAAGUCUGAGCUGCUAAGUAAACAGGAUUACCUGUCAAUCUGUUCCAUAUAUUUAUGCAAAUAUAUAUUGGAGAAAUGUAUGUAUGCUCAUAGAUUUCAUUCUUAUUCUUACUUUAAUCUUUGCCUAUUAAACUGCAGAUAAAUUUUUCUUGUAAGUAAAAUGUGUGAACCUUACAUUCAGAACCACAAGCCAUGAAAUUCACUCAACAAUUCUGUAUGGAAAAGAAAGUAAUUAGUGUAAUAAUCUAAAUAAUUGAUUCAGGGCUUGGUAAUUAUAUUAUAUGGAAUUCAUCAGGCUGCUGGGCCAGCUGACCUUCUACUGACAGCCAGACGUAUCUUAGUGAUCAUUUAGUUGCCUCAUAUCCAGUAAUUGUCUCUCUUCCCACAUGAGUACUGGGCACACAGUAAUCAUCUGGCUGUCUCACAGAUCCCGCACAGCGCAGGAACCCCCAACGUGGAUCCUGUGGAUCCGCUAUGCCAACUAAUCGGAUCUGCAAGUAAUGACGCUGCCGGAUCCUACCCAGCUCUACUAAAAGAUACACCUUUUAUCCUUAAAACCAUCUGUACUUAAAAAUCAAUAAAACAAGACAUUACACAGUGGUAAGUCAAAACAAUAUAAUAAAAUUCUAAACCAUUAUCAUAAAAACUUGGUAACUAAGUUGCAUUGUAAAAACAGAGCAAUAAAAUCUGUCACUUCCAAACAAUGUCAUCACCAAUAAAACAUUGAAGAGAAAGAUGAGCAAUGGGGAGGCUGCUACUACCUAUGCUGCACCAUCACCAGGUGUGUUUUGAGCAGCUGCCACCUUGGCCACCACUGCCACCACCCCAAACUGAUAAUGCAAAUUUGGAUGAAUGGAAAUGUGCAUGUGGUCCUUCUGAGGAAUGUUAGACACAAAAACACAAAAUAAUAAUCCAUCCUCUGGAAUGGAAUGUCACUGGAAAGCACCAUGGUAAUGUCAUUACAUAACCUACUAUAAGUAUUAACAAACAGCAAUACUGAAGAUUAAAAGAAACUCAACUAGAGAAAGAAACUGCAGCAACAUCACUUAGACCAUGACAACAGAUUCCAUUAACAGCAUGGCUGAUUCUUGAUUUACUCCAAUUGGGCAACACGUCUCUUGCAGCAAUAAAAACAAUAACAUAAUUCACUGCUAACUUACAGAAGCCAUAAAAGCCUAGACAAAAUACUGACCCCACUUGACUCACAACA